AUGCUGAGAGUCUUGACACUUGGGGUCGUGGCCGCUCUAGCGGUGGCCACCCAAGCUGCCGACUGCACACCCGUGUACAAAAACCCCAACGCCACCGUGGACGACAGGGUCUCGGACUUGCUCAAGCGGAUGAGUGUCGAGGAAAAGACUGCUCAGCUGAUUCAGGGCGACAUCCGCGACUAUCUCGACGUUGACAAUGACGGUGACUUUAACCAGACGGGCCUGGAGUGGGUCAUGUCGACUCGCGCCCACGCAAUCUGGACUGGCCUGUACAUCAUGCCCGAGGAGCUGAAGAAUGGUGCCAAGAUUGCCCAGGACUAUGCCGUCAACGAGACGGAACAUGGAAUCCCGACUUAUAUCCAGGGCGAGGGUCUCCACGGUUUCCUCGCCGUCAACGCCACCAUCUUCAACUCCCCGAUCGGCAUUGGCUGCUCGUUCAAUCCAGAGCUUGUCGAAAAGAUGGCAAGGGUCAUUGCUACCGAGGCCAAGUCGCUUGGCGUGAACCAACUCUUCGCGCCUGUCGUAGACUUGGCCCGCGAGCAGCGAUUCGGCCGUGUCGAAGAGACCUUUGGCGAAGAUGCCUUCCUUGCUGGAGAGCUCGGCCACGCGUACACAAAGGGUCUCCAGGAUGAAGGCGUCUGCGCUCAGGUCAAGCAUUUUGCUGCUUUCGGUACGCCUGAACAGGGCAUCAACACCGCCCCCGUGCGUGGCGGCGAGAGAGAGCUGCGCAGUCUCUACUUGCCGCCUCUUAAGCGCGCCAUCAUAGACGGCGGCACCUGGUCCAUCAUGUCAUCGUACAACUCGUACGAUAGUGUCCCUACCGUUGCGGACCAUCACCUGUUGACAGAGAUCCUGCGCGACGAGUGGGGUUACGAAUACUACGUGAUCUCGGAUGCUGGCGGCACCGCUCGCUUGAUCGACCCUUUCCAGAUCUGCGCCGAGGCCGACGAUGAGUGCGUCGCUAUGCAGGCGCUGCCCGCCGGUAACGACGUAGAGAUGGGUGGCGGCCGGUACAGCUUCGAGACGAUCCCUGACCUCAUUGAUUCUGGCGAGCUCGAUAUGGAGAUCCUCGACCUUGCCGUCUCGCGCGUACUGCGGUCCAAGUUCGCGCAGGGGUUGUUCGAGCACCCAUGGACGGGUGUUUCCGACGAUGACAUCUAUGACUAUCUCAACACGGACGAACACAAGGAGCUCGCCCAGCAACUGGAUGCAGAAAGCAUCGUCGUCCUCGAGAACCACGACAACGUUUUGCCACUGAAGAAGGACGCCAAUGUGGCGGUGAUCGGGCCCAUGGCUCAUGGCUAUGUCAAUUACGGCGACUAUGUCAUCUACAAAUCGCAGUAUAGGGGUGUCACGCCUUUCGACGGCAUCGAGGCAGCCAGUGAGGGUACUGUCACCUUCACGCAAGGCUGUGAGCGUUGGUCCAACGAUGACUCUGGUUUCGACGAAGCCAUCGCCGCUGCUGAGGAUGCCGAUGUCGCCGUGGUCGUUGUUGGUACGUGGUCUCGAGACCAGAACGAGCUCUGGGCUGGUCUGAACGCCACGACGGGCGAAUCCGUCGACGUGCACAGCCUGAACCUUGUCGGUGCCAUGCCGCGUCUCGUCAAGGCCAUCAUCGACACUGGGAAACCCACAAUUGUUGUCUACAGCUCUGGCAAGCCCAUCACCGAGCCUUGGAUCUCAGAUGAGGCCGCGGCCCUGGUGCAACAGUUUUACCAGUCCGAGAUGGGCGGCCACGCGUUGGCGAGCAUCCUAUACGGCGACGUCAAUCCGUCGGGCAAGCUCUCCAUCAGCUUCGCACACGACGUUGGCGCUCUGCCCAUCUACUAUGACCAUCUCAACUCGGCACGGACCUACCCAAACCCGGGUAAGGUCUAUGAGAACGGCACCAUUGAAUGGGGUAGGAGUUAUGUCCUCCUCGACCCAACCGCACUCUACACAUUCGGAUACGGCCAGUCGUACAGCACCUUUGAGUUUGACAAUAUCAAGGCAUCGUCUGAGACCGCGUCUGCUGACGAUACGAUCACGGUGUCGGUCGAAGUGAGCAACACGUCCAAGCGUGACGGUGCCGAGGUCGUCCAGCUCUACGUCAGAGAUGUCCUGGCUAGCAUCGAUGUGCCUCGCUACAGCCUCAAGGGCUUCAAGAAGGUUAACAUCAAGGCGGGCGAGACGGAGACUGUCGAGAUUGAUCUCAAGGUCCACGACUGGGGAUUGUGGAACCGCAAGAUGGAGUACGUUGUCGAAAAGGGCGACUUUGAAAUUCUCGUGGGUAAUUCCAGCGAGAAUUUCUACGGAAACGUCACAGUUACCGUAGCUUGAACGUCGCGAACGACGAUGAAAGAAAGAUUCGAU